AAUUACAUCCACAGAGAGAGAUCAGAUAUGGCGGAAGCAGCAGCAGCAGGAGGAGGAGAAGUGAGGGUGCUAGGGGCAUGGGCGAGCCCAUUUGUGAUCAGGGUUCGCAUCGCUCUCAACAUCAAGUCCGUGGCUUACGAGUUUAUUGAGGAUUUAAAAAUGGGGGUCAAAUCGGACCUCUUGCUCAAAUCGAACCCUGUCCACAAGAAGAUCCCUGUUCUCAUCCAUGUCGAUAAGCCCAUCUCCGAGUCCCUCGUCAUUGUUCAGUAUGUUGACGAGGUUUGGACCUCAGGUCGGUCCAUCCUCCCUUCUGAUCCCUAUGAUCGUGCCAUUGCCAGGUUCUGGACCGCUUACAUCGACGACAAGUGGUUCCCGUCUUUGCAUGGGAUAGCCAAGGCGCAGGACGAGGAGGCCAUGAAGUCAGCUUUUGAGCAAGUCAUAGAUGGGCUUCUUCUACUGGAAGGGGCGUUUGUUGAGACCAACAAAGGAUCCGGCGACUUUUUCGGCGGUGAGAAGAUUGGGUACAUUGACGUUGCUUUAGGAUGCUUCUUGGGAUGGAUCAGGGCAACUGAGAAGAUGAACGGGGUUAAGCUUUUCGAUGAGGCCAAGGUCCCCAAUUUAAGCAAAUGGGCGGAGAAGUUCGCCUCUGAUCCGGCCGUCAAGGACUUGUUGCCGGAGACAGAUAAGCUGGUGGAGUUUGCUAAAGUGUUGUUUGCAAAGUCUAAGGCACCAGUACCACCAUCCACGCACAAUUAAGAUACAAAAAUCCCAUCUCAUUUAAUAUCCUACCUAUCAUGUCUUCUUCCUUGUCCCUUGCAAAUGUUUUCUAAGUAAAAUAAUGUUAAUUGAUCAGUUUGAGGGUGAUUUUAAGAAUUUGAUUUUUUUUU